AUGAAGCGAACCACUCGUACAUAUAUAAAUAUUUCAAAGUUGCGUAUUAAACGACAACAAUCUGAUAAUGAGAAAGAGUCUUCAAAUAUAAUUCCAAAAGCACACAGAACUCAAACGCAAACACAUACUAUUAAAAAAACUAGCAUAGAAGAAUUUAUAAGUACAGUAGCGGAUAAUAAUAUUGAGAAUACUUCCUUUUCUGACCAGCAAGACUUGCCAUUAAUCGAUCCUUUCUUUUCUAAUCAACAAGACCAAUAUUGGACUGAUGAAAAG